GCCGUGUGGCGGCGCGCGGGCUCUCGGUGUCUCCGGCCGGACCGGGCCCAGCGCAGCCCCAGCCCCGUCACGGGCCCCGCCGCCCGCCCGCGACCCUGCCCGACCCCGCCCGGCCCCCGGCCCGCUCAAUGCCCACGGUGUUCUGUUGGAGGAUCCUUGGCACAUUUAUGGCGAUUCUGAGCGUCAGGGCAGACUUCUGCCAGGCCCAGCACAGCACCCUGGCUGCCAAGUGAGCUCAGGGCUCUCCCCACGCCUGCCUGCUGCCACCAUUCCCCUUUCUCCUGCCCUCCAAGACUCCGGGAAGGCAGCGGGACCCGGCUCAGAUUUAUGGGAUUUCUCCUGGCCCUUGGCAGCAGAUUCCUGGCUCUGACUCUGGCCCAGCUCAGCACCAGGAAAAAACCAAGUGGAGACAAAGCCCUGCCCUCACCUCACCAGUGCCUCGAUGUAGGACAGGCUGCCCUGCCUGUGCUCUGGGAAUUUGGGGAGUCUGAAGGAUACCACCCCGCCAGCAACUGAGGAUUUGGAAGCAAACCUGCUUUUCUAGGAGCAGAAAUCCCCAGGAACAAAGGAACAAACCCAUCAAAGCAAGCUCUGAUCAAUCCCAGGCAUAUUAGUGCUCUUUUUCAUGUUUUCUGCUGUGAAACGUUUCCAAGGUCAUUGAUUUUUUUUUGUUUGUUUUGUUUUAUUUUCCUCCCUUUAUUUUGAUUUUUUUUUUAUUUUAUUUUUUUGGGUUUUUUUAAAUUUUUUUUUUGGCCCCUCACACAAUUUCUUUGCCAUUAUGAACCGUCCAGCCCCCGUGGAAAUUACUUAUGAGAAUCUACGUUUCCUGAUCACUCACAACCCAACCAAUGCAACCCUCAGCAAGUUCAUCGAGGAGCUGAAGAAGUACGGGGUGACGACCUUGGUGCGAGUUUGUGAUGCCACUUAUGAUCAAGCUCCAAUCGAGAAAGAAGGAAUCCAAGUUCUGGACUGGCCCUUCGAUGAUGGAGCACCACCCCCCAGUCAGAUCGUGGAGGACUGGCUGAACCUGCUGAAAACCAAAUUUCGGGAGGAGCCCGGCUGCUGCGUGGCUGUUCACUGCGUGGCAGGGCUGGGAAGGGCUCCCGUUCUGGUGGCGCUCGCUCUCAUUGAAUGUGGAAUGAAGUAUGAGGAUGCAGUUCAGUUUAUAAGGCAGAAAAGGAGGGGAGCUUUCAAUUCCAAGCAGCUGCUUUACCUGGAGAAAUACCGGCCCAAGAUGAGAUUACGCUUCAAAGAUGCCAACGGUCACUGCUGUGUUCAAUAAAUAAACACAAAAACCAAAA